CUGCUGAUUAUCCGCUGAAUACACCUUUCUCUAUCGAUUAGUAAUUUACGAAAGAGAAGAUAAAAUAGACAACAAAGAUUUCAUCGAAGUUAGGAAAAAAUUAAUAGCCAAUUGGAUAUGGCCAUGGACGUAAUAAAUAAAUUCUACUCAACAGUACAUACGACAGUAUCACAGCUGUCUGGUGUUCUUCCAGGGAACAACGUCACCAGAGAAUAUGAAGUGCUGGAGCAGGUGUGUACAGCAGGUGUAGGGCUUAUGUGGAAGGUGUACAAUGGCUACAAGAAGAGCACGAAACAGGAAGUCUCUGUAUUUGUAUUCGAAAAGAAAAUGCUGGAGCGCUGGUCGAAAGAUGAUCGAGAAACAAUGUUGGAAACAUUAAGACGUGGGGUGCAACAGUUAACAAAAAUCCGACAUCCACACGUGUUAACUGUUCAACAUCCGCUUGAGGAGUCACGCGAUUCCUUGGCGUUCGCAACAGAGCCAGUAUUCGCUUCGUUGGCCAAUGUUGUGGGUGAUUCAGUACGUUCGGAUAAAAAACUCUAUGAUGUUGAGAUACGUCAUGGACUAUUGCAACUAUUUGACGGUUUGUCAUUUUUACAUAAUGAUGCCAAAAUCGUGCACCGUAAUAUAUGCGCAGAAACUAUUGUGAUCAAUAAAAAUAGGAGCUGGAAAUUAUUUGGUUUUGACUUCUGCAUAACUAAUCAACCUGCGACCGAUGGUAAACCCUUUUGGCCAUGCCGCGAGUACUCUACUUCUGUUCAUGUCCUAGCUCAACCGAGUUUGGAGUACUGUGCGCCUGAAGUAGCGUUAAAUACUAUAAAUAGCACCGAAAGUGACCUAUUCUCUUUAGGUGUAUUAAUAUUCACAAUUUAUUCGGGUAAACCGUUAAAAAUGUUUGGUAGUGAUUAUAGUUCAUUUCGUCGAUAUGCCGCCGAUCUUAACCAACGAAAGUACCCGCCAAUGAAUAGUAUUCCCAGCGAUUUGAAUGAAAGUUUAAGAGCUUUGUUGCAUCCAAGUCCGCAUAUGCGCCCACAAUUGCACGAAAUGAAACAGAUAGUAUAUUUCCAAGACGUUGGAGUUAAGACACUGAGCUACUUGGAUUCCCUUUAUCAAUGGGAUAAUUUACAAAAAUCCAAAUUCUACAAAGGACUUCCACAAAUAAUACCAACACUACCGCAUCGCGUUAACUUACAUUCCAUAUUGCCAUAUUUGGUAAAAGAAUUCGUGAAUUCGCCAAUGAUACCUUUUGUUUUACCUAAUGUAUUGCUCAUCGCUGAGAUGAGUAGUCAGAAAGAGUAUUGCGAACACAUACUUACGCAUCUGAAACCCAUUUUCAAAUUGACAGAUCCCAUACAAAUACUUUUAAUUUUCAUGCAAAAAAUGGAUCUCUUACUAAAGUUGACACCUGCUGAAGAAGUUAAGCUACACGUUCUACCACUGCUUUAUCGCUCAUUGGAAUGUGAUAUGCCGCAAAUACAAGAGUUAUGCUUAGGUGUGUUACCGACGUUUUCCAAUUUGAUUGACUACAACGCCAUGAAAAACGCUGUGAUACCACGAAUUAAGAAACUCUGCUUGCACAGCAGUAAUGUGUCGGUGAAAGUAAAUUGUUUGAUAUCGAUUGGUAAACUACUAGAAGAUCUUGACAAGUGGCUGGUGUUGGAUGAAAUAUUGCCCUUCCUGCAGCAGAUACAAAGCCGCGAACCUGCAAUUAUUAUGGCUAUAAUUGGAAUUUAUAAAAUCGCCAUGACCAACACUAAGUUAGGCAUAACUAAAGAUGUAAUGGCGCAUAAAUGUAUACCGUUUUUAAUGCCACUCUGCGUUGAGAACGGUCUCACUAUCGCGCAGUUCAACACGAUUGUGACACUAAUUAGGGAAAUGUUCAGUCGGGUGGAGAAGGAACAACGUGAGAAAUUGGAGCAACUCUCAACUAUCCAAAGGGAAAACAAGCCACGUGAUGCUUCCGAGAUUUUGACUACAGAAUUGGAACAAAGUACAAAAACAAACACAAGUCUUAACAGCAGUGUAAACAGCGACGAUGACAUGUUUUCGGGCUUCUCCAUAACGCAACCAACGAAAAAAAUAAAUACAACACAAGCAGGUCAACAACAAAAAUUUAAAACAAACAACGAUGUGCUUAAAAUAUCACACAACGCACCGCCCAAACCGGACAUUCUUUCCUCUUUGAUGAAUUCGAAUCUGACCAAUUUGAGCAACUCUCCAUCGCCAAAGUCUGCUGCUACAGCUACUACUGCAGUUUCACCCAUUGUAAAUCCGUAUGCACUUAGUGGUGGUGGCAACCACUUGACCAGUCCCAACCAAGCGCGCUCAAAUGAUAGUUGGACCAACAACUGGCAUAGCGCAAAUCCUUUAGUUAUGAACCAUCAAUUAGCCUCGCCUCAGGCUAUUAGCAGUAAUAGUAAUAACAAUGCAUCGUCUUUAGACAAUUUGGAUCCCUUCGGCGGUAGUAAUAAAAUCGUUAACGCCAGCAUGCAAAGACCGGCAGUGAAUUAUAUUUAUCCGUCUGGAUAUAAUGGUGGUGGUGGCGGCGGUGUUGGUGCCAGUAAUGGCAACGCUUUGAAUAGUAUGAAUAAUUUAACACCACUGCUACCACAGCAGAAUGCCACGCAGCAACAGUCACAGGAUAAUAAGAAUCUGAAUACAUUAUCACAACAAGAUAUUUUAAGUUUUCUGAAUUAGUUGACCAUGCUAACCAAUGCGGAUUGGUGCAAUUAUUUUACGGUGUCAGCUGUAAUGCUUCGCAUAGCAUACGUUUGAAGCUGUGUAGACUUUUAUAAUGACAAGUGUAGUAAUUAAUUCGCAUGUAUAGUUCAUGCAAGUUUAAGUUAUUUCACGUAGGCAUAUUUCAGUGUAAAAAGUGCAAUUUUAUUUUGUUGUAGUUUGUCUCUUAA